CGGGGCGGAGAGAUCCACCCGGCCUGCACCGCCUCGUCCGAUCGUUCCCACUUCCCCGCCGAAGCCUAGGCCGGGCUCUCGCCUCCCGGCCUGCGGCACCCGCACCGCACCGUUCCCCCCGGGCUUUCCGGGAUCCGAGUUUGUAGUGCCUUUAAAGGGUCCCAAUUGCCCUUUGCCGGGUUCUGCUGAACGGAAGUGGGGGGUCCUGGACUUCGGUCUCAGACCGUGGUGACUGAAAUGGCUUGCGUUCGGAUCCGAGAGGCCAUAGAGGAAGACUGUGGAACUAUCCUGAGGCUGAUUCGGGAACUAGCUGAGUACGAGAAACUCUCGGAUCAGGUGAAGAUAAGUGAAGAAGCCCUGAGAGCAGAUGGAUUUGGAGAGAAUCCUUUCUAUCACUGUUUGGUAGCAGAAAUUCUUCCUGCCCCCGGAGAGCCACAGGGGCCCUAUGUGGUGGGCUAUGGGCUGUACUACUUCAUCUAUAGCACAUGGAAGGGACGCAACGUUUAUCUGGAAGACAUCUACGUGCAGCCGGAAUAUUGGGGCCAGGGAAUUGGUUCUAAAAUAAUCAAAAAGGUGACUGAGGUGGCCCUGGAUAAGGGCUGCUCCCAGUUCCGCCUUGCAGUUCUGGACUGGAACAAGAGAGCCAUGGACUUGUACAAGGCCCUAGGAGCCCAAGAUCUGACUGAAGCUGAGGGCUGGCACUCCUUUCGCUUUGAAGGAGAAGCGAUGAGGAAAUUAGCAGGAAAAUGAUGCCAUCCCUCCAAGGAUCUGUCUGUCUGAGCUUCUCCUUCCCCACCAACUCAAGAACUCCUUAGAGACUGUCUGUACUGACAAAGGACUCUCUGAAGUAAGGAGGGUUAAGAGUGAUUAUUCUCCAAAUAUGGAAAGAGCAGAAUUGAGGGAGAGGCCUUCCCACCUCCUUGUUGAGGGUGAAAAAUAAACAAGAAUUAUUAUGUCCUGAUGUGUUGAGUAGAGCAGUUGAUGCUGAGAUAAGCAUCAGCUACUUUAUGGUGCUUCCUGAGUGUUCUUGUCAGUGGAUUGCUCCUAGGGAUAAAGGUGGGCCCAGGGAGACUUUCACACUCAGUAGGCUGGAAUCUUGGUUCUGGCUGGUGGAAUUUAAAGAGCAGCGAGAGGCCAGCUUGGCACAUCAGGCCUAUUGGUUGGGUUUGGGACGCAGACAAAGGCCUCCAAUGUUUGGACUUCGUUAUUCCCAGAUCCAUGAUUGAGGCGGGCCUGCCACCUCCAAAGAUGGAGCAGGCUGUCAUAUGUUGAUGGCAUUUCAGGGGCACUGGGAAUGACCACUUGCCCCAAAUCAGCUCAGUUAGCUCGUACUUUUCAAACACUACAAAGUUACAAAGUCUUUAUUUUCAGUUCUGCAAAACUAAAACAAACUUUCAGGACCCAUGGCAACAAGUAGGGAAACAGGCUCAUUUCCUACUUUCAUAGUAUUUUAUUACUCAAGUAAUGCAGGUCUGUUGUAGAAAAAUCAGGCAGUACUUAUAAAAUAGAAUCAAUAGUCUUAUACAACUCCUAUAUUAACCUUUGGUAUCAAUUCUCUGCAUUUUUUUCAAUGUACAUGUAUAUAUAAUUAAGUGAGUAGGGGUUCAUGGAAUUAUACCCUUUUGUAACCUGUUUUUUUCAUUUAACAGUAUAUCAGAAACACCAUCCCAUGCUAUUAAACAUAGAUUUGUUAUCACUUUU